GGCAGGGCCUUGGCAGUAGAAGGAGCAAGGUUGAGGGAUGCUUGGGGAAUUCAAGCAAGGGGUAAGGAAACAAACAGAAAAAUUGAGGUUGGGAGAGAAAGACGAUGCAGGCAAGAGCUGCUCUCCUGAUUUGGUGUUGACAACCACAGGACAGGGUUGGGCAGCCUCAGGAUGCCAGCAGGUGUUACUCUGAGUCCCAGGUGGGUCCAACAGAGCAGCUCCACUGCCCUGGUCUCUCUGGAGGUUGGUCUCAGAGCACACAGAGCAGGAAGGCAGGGAGGAGAGGUGCUCUCUAUGGAUGGCACCCUAACAUGCCGCUGUUCCCCUACAGGUCUGAAGACUAACGCCAGAGCAGUACCCAAGGGAUCCUUCCAAAACACUGAGGAGAAGUAUGAGAACAUCGGGAUUAAAAGACAACAAACAGAGCCCCGGCUGGAGCCCAACCUGGAGCCCAAGGAUGAAGCCCAGGACAAUCCCAUCCUCUAUGCCUCCCUUACCCUCUCCAACUCCUCAUCACCAGCAGCACCUCCCCACCUCCGUCCCAAGGAGGUCCCCCAGGAGGAGACCCUAUAUUCUCUCAUAAAGGCCUGACGAGUGGGACUGGAGGAUGACUUCCUUAGACUGAGCUGCCCGGCGGGUCACAGCCUCUGAUAAUGACCCCGGCCAGACUGGAAGACUCAGAAGCCAGUGGGUGUGGAAGGCCUCCAAGGACCACAGAGAGACAGAGCCAUCUGCUCCAACCCCCUCUCCACCUUCCCAGCCCUUGCCCACAAGAGUCAAAAGACUGGUAGAAUUUGCCCGAAGGCAUCUAAGGGGAAAACUGAUGGCUCCUUCCGUUUCUGUCUUCUCCUUCUCACCACGAAUGAAUUAUAAUAAAAGGUCACACCCAAGA